AUGCUUGCCGCCAAAAAUUUAUCCACGCUCCCUCUCGAGCUCUUGUGCCUCAUCUUGACAUUCCUCGAAUGCAAAGAACUCCUACGCAUCAGGCGGGUCUGCAAACUGCUCAAGGACAUCGUCGACUCGACCGAGCGUCUGCAGUACCUCGUCGACAUGGCCUUCUUCCAGACCAUGCCCGCAAAAUCCCUCGAUCAGAACCCGUCCAUGUACUCCCGGCGCCAGCGCCUCCGCGAUCGCGAGCGCGCCUGGAAGACGCUCAAGUACCGCAAGAAGAUGAAACUUCCCCUCCCCGACACCGGCGCGAUCUACGAGUUCAUCGGCGGCAUCUACGGCAACGCGACCAAGACAAACGCGAUCCACUUCCUCGAGCUCCCCACCCUCGACACCCCCGAGGGCGAGAUCAAAGUAUGGACCCACUCCACGCUCGACUGGACCCUGGUCGAUUUUACGUUCUCGCCCGACCAAGAUUUAUUGGUGGUCGUCGCUGCUUCCGCACACGAUGUGGACCACGCAUAUAACAUACAUCUUCGUUCGUUGUCGUCAGGGAAGCCACAUCCGGAAGCUUCUGCUCCGGAACUGCACGCCGUGCUCAAGCAGCACAUUGCGCUGGACCUCUACGAGCUCUCCGGGCCCGUCAAGAUCCAGGUCGUGGGAGACUAUGUCGUCCUGCUGUGUCGUGAUAUCAUCAUCAAUGGGGACAUUGGCGGGUACAUGCAUCUCUGGACGUGGAAGGAAGGCCAUAAAGGAUAUGAGUUUGUGCUCGAGUUUGAAGAUGGCGCAGACGACUUCCUUUUCCUGUCGGACGAUACCUUCCUCAUCAUAACCGUCCUCGGCACGCUCGAGACGUACUCGUUCGCAGACCAAAGUAGAUCCCCACACUGCACAGGCCGAUUCGGCCUCCCAGAGCUGAUGCAAGACUGGUCGUACUCGUACGCGUUCAUGAGCGGCAACCCCACCCCCGGCGCGCCUCCGCACGCCUCCCACUCCAGCACGAGCACCACAUGGUCCGAGACGAACCCCUUCCCGAGCCACGACCUCGUGCAGCCGACCUCGUCCGACCAGCUCCUCGUCUUCUUCGUCACCGUCAUGCGCGAAUCCAACAUCACCGACUCGCACUCAUACGUCUUCUUCGUCAAACGCUCCGCCCUCGUCGCGCUCGACAACACCGACGACCGCCGCCCCCCUUCUCUGCCUUCGCACAUAUGCACCCGCUCAGCCUCGUGCGCCGCCAGCGGCAGCGCCUGCCAAAAGCUCGUGCCCUGGAAACACUGGGGCCCUUCCUCCACGCGCUGGUUCUCCGAGCGCGAAUCGUCCGACUGGCAACACGCCGUGUACGGCUUCCGCACGAUCGAGACGAUCAACGAGGACGUGCUCUUCUCGCGGCACCCGCGCCGGCUGCGCAUCCGCGACUUCAACCCGCACUUCGAGCGCGGGAACGACCGCGAGGUCGAGGACGAGUGCCGCUUCGUGAUGGCCAAGGACGCGGGGCGCGAGAAGGUGACGCGGCCGUUUCGGGAGCCGCUCGGUGCGGGGUUGCCGUAUAAGGAGACGGUGAGCGAGGAGAAGUUUGAGGCGACGGAGGUGAUGAUGGAUCAGAAUAGGAUUUUGCUGUUGAGGCGAAAUGCGGAGUUGGAUCUCGAGAGCAUCGACGUUCUCCUGAUGGGGUGA